AUGGUUGUGAAACGCAAGCGUGAGACCACCGUGGUCUCUAAGCCGAAAGCUAAAGAGGACUCCCCGCCCCCCGUGGACAAUGCGCAGGACGUAUUCCGCAAAUUAUUCGAAGCGCAAUUCGAGCCUCUUGAUUUGCCAGCUCCUACCGCCAAAGUUGCCAAAACCUCAAACUCCGACGACGAAGACGAAGACGAGGACGAUGAUGAUGACGAUGACUCUGGAUCGGAAGGCGAUUGGGAUGGGAUGUCUGAUCUCAGCGAAGAGAGCAACCAAGUGGAAGUAGUUGAGCACACAGAUACGCGCGCUGCUCCGACGGACAGAAUGGACAAGAAGACAUGGAAGGCAUUCAUGAGUGGAAAGGUCAUGUCAUCCAUUGACAAACCUGAUGCCAAGCCAGAGCCCUCAUCCAAGAAGGAAGAGGAGGAGGAUACACACGAUGUGAUGAACUUAAAGCACGACCUUGCUCUACAGCGUUUGCUCACGGAAUCCCAUCUCCUUGACUCUGCUGAGGACCUAGCGCCAACCGGAAAGAACCGUCUCAAGGCUUUGGAUCUGCGCAUGCAAUCACUCGGAGCCAAGGAUUCACUGUACGCGCAAAACAAGAUGCCAACUGCACACCGACGAGGAAUCAAGGCCAAGGCUGCUACGAAGGAUGAGAAACGUCGUCGUGAGGCCAAGGAGAAUGGCAUCAUUCUUGAAAAGCCUAGCAAGGUGUCCAAAUCAAGCAACAAUGGACGAAGGGAACGCGGUGUCAAUGGAGCAUCAGUGGGCAAGUUCUCAGGUGGUACUUUGAAUCUGAACAAACAAGACAUUGAACGUGUCCAAUCCUCGGGUCGUCGCAUGGCCGGUGGUAGAGGCAAAGGCAAGCCCAAAUCAAGAGGUGGCAAGCGUUAA